AUGGCUCUUGAUACUAACGAUAAAUGUGGCGAGCACAGUUGUGGCACUGCAGUCACGGAAGGCAUACAGUGUGACCGAUGUUUAUUAUGGUAUCAUAGCACCUGCUCUAGGUUAGACCAUUCGUCCAUUGAUCUGUACACCCAGCAUCCCCAACUGAAGUGGAUCUGUUUUCACUGUGUGUGCCUAGCUGAUACUUGUGCUCGCUUAUUACGCGAGCGGCUUGCUGCUCCUCCACAGUUGCCUGAUGUUCAGAGGGUAGCUGACGCGAAGUAUCUGCAGCGGCUCUCCACCGCAGAAAAACUGAUCAGCGACCAGGCUUUGCUCAUAGAUGCACUGCGAGUGAAGAUUGACGAAUUGCGCGAUUCUUUAAAUAGCUACGCUCGGAGUGCGGAGGUUGCCAUGGGCAGGCAAAGAAAUGUUCUUAUCUACAAUCGGGAGGAGCCGGUGAUACACGAGGCAAAGACUCGACGAGACCUGGACCGGAGACGAAUACACGACAUCCUCCGCAUAGCCGGGAUACCUUUAAACGUCGGUAUCAAAAGGGUGCAUCGUGUAGGUAGCUGGAGAGAGACUGGUCCACUGCGUCAGCAAGGAUUUGCUAGGCCGAUUCUGGUUGAAUUUAGGAACCCUGUUUAUCGUGAUCAAAUGCUUAACCGAGCCGGCUUAAUCGAGAGUCAGACCAAUGGCCGGUAUCAGGUGGCCCCGGACACACUUAGCUCACAAGCCAAGGUCCCUCGGGUAUGUCAGUCGGAAGAUACUAAUAACCGCUUGGCUGGCGUGUCUGCGACCUUGGUUAAGGGUGCUGCUUUACGUGAUCCCCGCAUUGCAUCAGUGCCUACCAGAGAUGAUUGUCCCACUGCAGCGGAGGUCGUUCCUUCGAACUACCACACCACAAAUUCAGUAUCAGAUGCAGGUACCGCGAAAGGUGCUUCCUCACAAGUUGGUUCACCCGGAGGUACUUACAGCCGAGUGAUUGUAUACCCUGCAUCUCCGGCCGCUGGGGUCAGAGUCAGUCAGCAACAUGCCAUGAUUACACCAAAAGGAACUAGGUGGGACUGCACUCCUACCACAGCGGCAGUUGUCUGCUCGAGUCCUCAAACAAUGCAGGUUGCAAGGGGAAUAAGUCGCGAGUUACAUGUAACAACGACCAAAGUUUCACUGGACGGAAGUACGACUUCCAGCUUGUUACCCGGGGAAAGUUGCGGGGUUGCGGACAUGAGCUUACAGGUGGCGCAUCCAGGAUUAUUUGAUGCCACUCGCAUAAUGUCAGCUGCUCCGGAACUCAAGGACACUACGUGCAUCUCGCUGAUCGGUUUGGGAAACCAACGCUGUGAAUCUCCCAAGGCUGACCUUGCAGGAAAUUCGAAAGGCAGCGUUGCUAGACCUUCUAAGUUAAAGAGAAAGAAGCAAGUUGGUCGUUUACGAAACAACUCAAAUCGGACGGAACCUGACAAGGUUUCUGCUCGUGUUGACCUACAAGAGCCUAAUCUUGACCCAGCAUUGCAGGCGGCGAACGAUAAUGACGCGGCGUCAAAAAACGGGUUGUCCCCUCGGGUGCUGCGCCCGAGGGGAAACAACCGCGUCAAGCAGGACUAA